CCUCGUCAGUUCCAGGCACCAUGGUGAGCCUUUUAUUUUAUUUUUCGUUCUGGUGCUAGUGGGGUGUGGUAGUUAACGAUUGGAGUGUUUGUUUAUUUUUCUGUUUUCUUUGUUUUCUAAUCGGGAUCAACUUUGUGUAUAGACGGAAGAACAACGAUCAUCACUCGCGUACGAUCCCAAUCGCCAUCUCAGUUACGCCGCGCAAUCCAUGCCUGCAGCAGCCAUGAUCACAGCACAAGCUCAAGUUAUGAACACCUCACUGUAUCGUGGACCGAACGGAGAAGUGAUUGUUGCGCCCACGGCAGCGGCGCCUCAACAGCCAGAAGAGGAACCUUUGUAUGUCAACGCGAAGCAGUAUCACCGCAUUUUGAAGCGAAGAGCAGCACGGUUCAAGCUUGAAGAAAUGAACCGAGUUGGCCGAGCCAGAAGACCUUAUCUCCACGAAAGCCGACAUCGGCAUGCCAUGCGACGCCCUAGAGGUCCUGGGGGUCGUUUUUUGAGUAUGUCUCGAAUAAGGGAUCUGGGGUGGUGAUGUUUGCCGUUGUGUGCUUUUUGUCAUACUAAUUUGCUUAUCCUCUCAUAAUUAGCUACUGCUGAGAUUGCCGAGUUGGAGAAGGCUGGAAAAUUGCAGAAUGGCGAAUACGUGGACAAGGAUAAGGAUGAUGAUCCACAGCAACA